UCAUUCACCCAUCAAGCUCCCUCUCAGCUUUUCCCGCUUCUCACGCUCCUCUGUCGCUUCCAUUCCUUUUUAAACCCCUUCUUCCUCCACUUUCGCACGUCAGCAGUAGGCUAUCGCCAGUCAGCUUCACCGCACGCCAGACCCUCGUCAAGCCUUACUGCUUCCAAUAUCUCUGGUGAUGGGCCUCCUGGUGACUCGAUUUCGUCACAGACUGACGUAGUAAACCCUCGGCCCGUUCCGAGUCAGGGGCUCAACAUUGCGUGUGAAACCACCCACUUAUUUGUAGUAGAGUCGCGGCUCAACCAGUCUCCCUUUUCGACACCAUCAUACUUAGUCGACUUUACGACGCCUUAGCGAAGCUACAGACCAGAAUGACUAGAAUCUGACUGAAAUAGUUGACUUCUUCCCUAGGAGGAUUUUCCGGUCGGCUCUGCUUCCCAGGAGGGACUCGGUGAGUGCGUCCGAGUCUCCUCAUGAACCCUCCUGGGAGCAAGUCGAAGCUUCAGCUAAGAUCGGAGCCUCCAGUUUUACCUCAGCCCAAUUAGUAGUACAAGCAUCGCAUCUUUAAUCUGCUAAGGUCCCCAGGCAGGGCCGGGGAAAUGACCAACCGCGGCCGCCGCGCUUCCCCUGGAUUUCCAGAGGGGCGUCAGCAGCGUCGAUCGAUCGGAAAUCGGCAGCAAGAGCAGAGCCAGCGCCGUGAGCAGCGUCAGAAGUGUGAGCAGCGUCAGCAGCAUCAGCAGCAACGUUUUACGGCGAGUCGAAGCAAGUUGAUUCCGAUUCGAACGAUCAAAGCCGUUGCCGGCGGCGGUGUUUCCUGGAAGGUGGUGUCAGCGGCUCGUAUCUCGGAAGAUUCUCCCGUCAUUUUUUCGACCGUUUCGUCGUCUUCAUCUGCAGUGGUGCUUGAAGCAUCGUUACGAGCCGUCACUUCCGCAGCUCUGGACCAGCCGCGUAUCGCGCAAUUCCCCCCGUCAUCAUCUGAGGCGACAGGAAACAGGCUCUCGGCUGAGUCAGCAAGCUGGCUGACGCGUCGGCAGCCGUCGCACAGGCAGUCUUACGAUCAUCCAUCGCAGUCGCUGUCGCACGAGUCUGCGAUCGAUCCGUCGCACGACAAGUCCGUGCUAAUAACGGGGGGGAAUCGUCGAGCGUCACCCGGGUGCCGGUCCGUCAGCAUAGCUGCCGUCCUCGAUCCAACUCCAGGCUCCGCGUUGAUCCCGCCGUGGUUCACGCUGUGGUUCGCGCGGACACUUCUAUUGGUCAAGCCGUCCUUGCCCUCGCCCUCCGUUACAAGCCGCCCCGUUACAUCUCAUCCAGUUACGUGCCAUCACUUCGCGUUGCUUCGCGCCAAAAGUUUUCACUCCGGGUCAAUCUCUUCGGAAGUCAGAAAGUCGCUUCUUCCACGGGUCUCGACUCGCCUUUGUAUCUAGUCACUUAGACGGUCUCAGCGCAGUCGCAACUAUUUGUAUAUCUACGAGAUAGUAGGUCGUAAGAUCUUGCAGUUUCUAAGCCGACGGAGAUUCUUUCCUGUUACUACCGCGUGCCACGUGUCAGUGACGAGCGGGAGGCAAAUAUGUCGGUCCCUCCAGAUCCUUCCAGCGCUGCAACGUCGUCGUCCACGUCAGCAGUAGCCAUGGGCACGUCAGCACCCGCCGUCAGCACGUCAGCGCCGCACCAGCCCUCUGCUUUGUACAGCCACAGGGAUCAGCAGCAGCAGCAGCAACAGCAACAGCAGAAGCAGCAGCAGCAGACGCAGCAGGAACAGCAAAAGCAGCAGCAGCAGCAGCAGCAGUGGGGCUUGCAACGUGAGAUACAGAAGCCCCAGCGUGUGGUAUCAGCGCACAGCGUUGGAGGAGGGAUGUCGGCCGAGCGAGAGCGGGAGGAGGAAGGGGAGGAGGAGUUGGAGGGGGGCGCGGAGGGGGAAGGGGAGCUACACCACGGGGAGCGCACACGGGGAAGAGGGGGAAAAAGAGGAGGAGGGGGAGGAAGAGUAGGUGGAGGGGGAGGAGGAGGGGGAGGCUCUGGAAAGAGACAGAAGCACGGCAGUCCAAGUCCUUUGGGGGUACCUGGAGAAGGAAGUGGAGGAAGAGGUGGGGGAGGAGGAGGAGAAGCAGGAGGAGGAGGAGGAGGAGGAGGAAGAGGGUUAGUUGUCACCAGAGGGGCUGUUGCUGCUUCGCCAGGCGGCACAAUUGGAGCAGCAGGGGAGGAAGGGGCAGGAGAAGGGAAGGGAGUCACUACAUCUGCCAUCCGAACCUCGUCAGCAGGCCGAGCCUCGGCGCUAGGUCCGUCGUCAGUUCGGGACCGCCAUGCCAAGGUGCCAACGGCCCGGGGCAUGCGCGAUAGGCGGGUGCGCUUAUCGGCGCCGGCAGCUACGUCUUUCUAUGAUGUGCAAGAUAGGCUCGGCGCGGAUACCCCCUCAGCUGCUCUGGAGUGGCUGCUGUACCACGCGCAGCAUGCGAUAGCUCGGCUGCCGAAGCAGCCUGCACGUUCGGGAGGACCUGGCUCGGUGGGAGGUUCGGAAGGAGGGGCGGGGCUAGGUGCGGAAGAGGAGACUGCUGGUGGCGGUGGUGGCCGUGGUGGUGGUGCGGGUGGGGGUGUGGGUGGGGGUGGUGGGGGUGCUCGGUUUGUUGGUGGGGUUGGCCCUAGCGGUGCUGAUAUAGGUGCUGUUGCUGCUGUUCCUCCUCCUCCUGAGGCACUCUAUAUCGAGGAUAAGGGAGUGAUUCCAAAGCUGCCACUCCCCCCACUCUCCUAUGCCGCACCUCGUGGCAUUGCCAGCAGCAGCAGUGGUAACACGUACACCUACAGAGCUGGUUACAGCAGCGCUAUUCCCUACUCCACCUUCCCUCCUCCUGAUCCUACUGCUGCUGCUUCCGCUGGCGCUGCUGCUGCUGCUGCUGCAGCUGCAGCUGCGGCGGCGGCUGCUGCUGCUGCCUCCCCUGGCGGAACUGGUACCCCUCUGUACCCCGGAGUUUCUGCAGCUGGUGCAUAUGGCGCGUACAGCUUGCCACUAGCAUUCUUUGGCGAACCUCCAGCAGCCAUAGGGCUAGGAUCACACACCAUAGGAGCAGAAAGAGCAAGAGAAGCAGGAGGAGGAGGAGGAGGAGCAAGAAUUGGAGGUACAGUUGGAGCAGGGAGGCAUUUGUACGGGUACUUCCCCUCAGGACAUCUUGCAGCCAGCUAUUUUCCUGGGGUGGUUUACCCCGGCAGUUACCCGAGUGUACUUCCCAGCAGCCUCCCAGGUCUUGCGGGCAUUCCUUCACCACCACCACCACCACCACCACGACCAGCAGGAGCAGUUCAGGGAGCAGCAGCAGCACCAUCAGGAAUAUAUGCAAGGGGAGGAGGGAGGUACGAGGCCUUUCAUGAGGCACCUCAGAGCAAGGCUGAAGGGCGGCAGGAGGUGGCCGUGGGCCUUCCCAGGGAGAUUUUUGAGUCGACUCAAAAAUCACCCAUGGGCCUUCCCAGGGACACAGUGGGUGAGAGACACCGCGAGCAGGAGCGCCAGCCACACCAGGAGCGCCAGCCACACCAGGAGCGCCAGCCACACCAGGAGCAGUCAUCCCCUCACCCACUGAGGUUGUCUGUGCCUCCUCGUCGGUUUCCUGUUGCUGCUGCUGCUGCUGCUGCUGCUGCUGCUGCUGCUGCUGCUGACUCCGCUUCUCCUUCUGCUCCUCCUCCUGCUGCUACUACUCCUGCUCCUCCUGCUCCUCCUGCUCCUCCUGCUGCUUUUGCUGCUGCUCCUCCUCCUCGUCCUGUUGCUGCUCCGCCCUUUCCUCCUCCCGCCGCCAGUUCUUGUCCCAAUGCUUCUGGCUUCCCUCCAGCCCCACUUGCGCACCCCCCACCUGCUUCCGUACCCCCUGCCUCGCGCCCCUCUCCGACCGCCCCCCUCCAAUACCCCUGGGAUGUGGAGUUUUCGCUUCUUAACUCCAAGGGGACUCUUAGUGCGCCUGUUGCCCCCUCAGGUGCGCCUGUGCGCCUGUUGCCAGGUGGAACACCAGGUGCCCCCUCAGGUGCUCCAUCACUCAGACCCUCAGGUGUCCCUUCUGUUGGUCCAGGUGCCUUGGCCUUGCCUCGUCGUGAGCCCUCGUCUCCUAGGGGAAGAGCAGGGGCGAGCAGGGGAGGUUUCGCACCAGAGGGUUACAGACAAGAGGGUUACCAACACGAGGGUUUCACAGCAACAGGUUUUACGCCAGGUGGUUACAUGCCACAGGGUCACACACUUGAGGGUUUCACACCAGUGGUUCACUCCUCCCCAGAGAGCUUUACACUAGGAGGUGAUGCAUACAACGAUAUGGGAGGUUUGAUGGCAGGAGGUGUUAUGCCAGGAAGCAUGCAUGGGGAAAGCGGGUAUGGCUCUGCUUCUUGGCCGACCCCCGGUGGCGCUAAUACCACCAGCAGUGAUGUGCUGAGGGAAGUAGAAGCCGGCUUGCCACGUCAGCAGAGGCAUGCAGAAGGUUCCGGGGACGGGGGGGAAAGGGUGGUGCGAGCAUCUUCGAGGGCAGGAGGGGAGGAACAGGCAGGGGAAGGGAGGAGGACUCAAAGGCUCGAGGUUCCGGGUAAGUGGGGAAGUGGUGGGGGGAUGGGUGGGAUUGGUGUUGCUGGUGGGAGUGGCGGUGGGUUGGGCGGGGGUGGUGUGGGUGGUGGAAGGCGGGUGGAGUCACGGAUUCAUGCGAGGGAAAGGGCCCGUACGCGUGCUGCUGCAGGGGCAACAGGUGCCGCACCUGUAGCACCUGCAGCAGCCUUUGCUGAUUCUGCCCCUGCUGCUGCUGCCCCUGCUGCCUCUGCGCCUGCUGCUUCUGCUGCCGCUGCUUCUGUCCCUGCUGCUUCUGUCCCUACGCCUGUCCCUGCUGCUUCUGUCCCUGCUGCUUCUGCCCCUGUGCCUGUCCCUGCUGCUUCUGCCCUUGCGGCUUCUGUCCCUGCACCUGUGCCGGUCGUUUCAUCCCCAUUCCCUAAGGGAGUCUCUGUGCCUGCAUCGUCUCUCUCCUUUCAACCGACUGCCGCCACUGCUGCCACCGCCGCCGCCGCCGCCGCCGCCGCCGCCGCCGCCGCUGCUGCGGCUGCUGCUUCCCCCUUCGCUGCUGCUGCUGCUGCUGCUUCUCGUGAUUCUGCCGCUCGUGGUGCUUAUGCGAGUGCUGCGUUCGCACCUGCUGGGUCCGCUUUCGCACCUGUUUCAUCUAGCAUCCGUUCCAAGGGAGAGGCAAUUCCGCUUGGCACUCCCGGUUCUUACCCGAACCACCAUCAGCCUCAGCAGCAGCAGCAGCAGCAGCAGCAGCAGCAGCACUUGAUGCAUCCGCCCCCGCUUCUUGCCCCUCGCCCUCCUCCCCCACUCGCCCCUGCCUCUCCACAUUACGGCCCGUUGGGUUCUGCUGGUGCUGGUUCUGGUGUUGGCACUGGUGCUGGUGCUGGUGGUUGGCGCUGGUGCUGAUUUUGAUGCUGCUGGUGCUGGUUCUGGUGCGGCUCCUGCUUCUGCUGUUUCACCAAUUGCUGGUGCUGCUGGUGCUGCUGGUGAUGGUGGUGAUGGUGGUAACCGUCGUGACAUUGACACUCAUGCAUUACCUCAUGGCAUGUCCCGUGAGCUACCGCAUGGGAUGCCCUAUGAUGUGCGUCAUGGCAUGCCACAGUACAACAUGCACAUGCACGGCCACCAGGACUUUCAGCACCCGCACGACACGUCACAUGACAUGCACAUGCAAGCAGCGAUGCACAUGCCGUCUCACAUUCAAACCCACAUGUCCAAUCACAUGCCAAUGCACAUGCCCAUGCACACCUCCCCUGACAUGCCCAUGCCCCAUCUGGAGCGCCGCUUCAGCCUCUCGGAUCUGUACCACGACCAUUCAUCCUCGCCCUCCCACGAGUUUCCAUUCCAUGACCAUGGCAUGCAUGGGGAGCACUCAUUGCAUGACCAUGGCCAUGGCAUUCAUGGGGAGCACUCACUGCAUGACCAUGACAUGCAUGGACAUGCCAUGCACAGGAUGCAUGUUGGCGACGAUGCACAUGGCACACAUGAUGAUAAUGGCCGUCAUGGGGAACAAGUGUGAAGUGUUGGUGGGUAUUAGGCGUGAGGUUCUUGUUUUUUUGCAGAUAAGAGAGGACAAAAGGCAGUAUGUGCCAGUGGUUGCGGGGAGGGAAGGGAGGAUGUGGCAAUUGUUUGGAUUGUUGGAGAGUGAAUGAGUGCUCUUGGUGUGUACCGGGCAUCAUGCAAGUGUACAGUGGGUAGAGGUUUUCGUGGUACUUGUAAAGAUGGAGUACAGGGGAUGUUGGAGAUAAGUGGGAUAGUGUAUGGAGUGGAGCUAUUUCCUUCAGUUUGGUUGACAACCUACUGUCUAAUAGUCAUAAUGCCAGUGUGAAGUAUGAAUGGUAUGUAUGAACCUAUGCCUAUUGUAAUGGCCUAUUUUAGGAUAACCUUUGUAAGUUGGUAUUUCGCAAUAAUG